AUGGAAAAUGUCCAAGAUCUACGGGAUGAAGUCACAAGUGGGAUAGUAGAACAAACCACAAUGAGGACAAAGAUAAAUUUGCCAGAUGAAGCCAAGGAAGUCACCCAGCAGACCUUUAUACUAAAUUCUCAACAAAAAAACUCUUCAUUUUGUAUCACUCUUCUCAACUCAAAACCCAAUGCAAACCUUGAUAGCCUAGCCCAAUACACCAUUGACACAGCAAGAGCAAACAUCACCAACACAAUCACAUUAAUAAAAUCUUUGAUUGCAAGUGCCCAUGAUACCAAGGCAAAAGGCCAUUACAAGUCAUGUUUGGGACAUUUCAAGGAUGCCAUUGACAGUGCUGAAUACUCUCAGGAGUUGUUGAAGAAAAGAGACUACCUUGGUGUGAAUGUGGCAGCAUCUGCAAUAUUAACAGAUAGUGAAGACUGCAUUUCAGGAGAAUCACCAUCUGAUCCUCCAUAUAAUGAUUCUUCCAUGCUUACACAAUAUGCUGCAGUUGUCGAAGCUGUUGUUGACAUUCUUCUUGUCAUAGCAAACAAGUUACGAUCGUCACAAGAAGAAAUAUUAGAGUGA